GGUGGCGCAAAAGUAAGGCCUUCAAUGGUAAGAAUGAGAAAGCGUUGCCACCAAAACAACUAUCUGGGAAAGGCAUUUUUGAAUUGCUGCAGAAGUUAGAUAAUCUCCAGGGCUUCAAAUACGGAAAACAUCCUGGAAAUAAGAAAAGGAAGGCAUCUUCAAAGGACAUGCCAGGGAAAAAUUUCACAAAGAUGAGCAUCUUGUUUGAGCUACCAUAUUGGAAUGAUCUGAAAUUGCCACACAAUCUUGAUGUCAUGCACAUUGAAAAGAACAUUUGUGAGAGCUUAUUUGGGACUUUAUUAAACAUAGAUGGCAAGUCCAAGGACACACUUAAGGCCCGCAAGGACUUAGAAGGCAUGAAUAUCAGAGCAGAUCUACACUUGAAUGAUACGGGAAGUAGCAUAGAAAAGCAUCAUGCAUGGUACACAUUAACCAGAGAUGAGAAACUUGAGUUUCUGCAAUUUCUAGAAUCUAUUUGCUUCCCAGAUGGAUUUGCUGCAAAUAUAUCAAAAGGUAUAAGUAAAGAUGGGAAAAUAACUGGGCUGAAGACACACGACUACCAUAUUCUUCUUUAGAGAAUACUCCCGAUUGGAAUGCGAGGAUUUCUGCACAAAGAUAUCUGUGAUGCACUUCUGCAGCUUGGUAGUUUUUUCCGCCAAUUAUGCUCCAAGACAUUGAAGCUGGAUAUCUUGGAUAAGUUGGAACAACAAAUAGUAAUUGUAUUGUGCAAACUAGAAAUGAUUCUCCCACCUGCAUUCUUUGAUAUUAGCGUGCACUUAGCAGUGCAUCUACCACAGCAAGCAAGGCUUGGAGGUCCUGUACAAUACAGAUGGAUGUUCUUCAUUGAAAGGUUCCUUGGUACUUUGAAAGGCAUGGUGAGCAAUAGGGCACACCCAGAGGGUUCAAUUGCUGAAGCUUAUGUUAUGAAGGGGUGCUCAACAUUCUGGUCCAUGUAUCUACAUGGAAUUGAGACAAGGUUCAAUAGACAAGAGCGGAAUUUUGAUGGGGAGAGACAACCACUUGAUCGUUUCUCGGUAUUCUCAACUAGUUUCCGUGCUUUUGGCCAUAGGGAUGACCUUAUGUUAACACAAGAUCAGUAUGAUUCUCUGUCUUGGUAUGUGCUAAAUAAUUGUGAGGAACUACAAGAAUACCUAUAUGAGCAUGAGGAUGCCCUACUGGCUGAAGGUGCGGAUAAUAUUGAAAAUAGGCAACGUGAACAGUUUGGUUCAUGGCUGUGCCAAAGAGUGAUCAAUCUGCGCAACCAAGGAGCAUCCCUAGUGUCUGACUAUUUGUAUGCAUUGGCAAUUGGACCGCAUAAGAGAGUACACAAAUUCUCAGGAUGCAUUGUUGGUGGUGUUAGAUUCUUGACAAAGGAGCGUGAAGAUGGUCGUAAAAGUCAGAAUAGUGGUGUGUGCACAGAGGGCCAACAUAAGGGGCAAAAUAUCACAUAUUAUGGUAUUCUUAAAAAUAUAUAUGUCCUGGAUUACCCCAAUGAUCGACAUGUUGCUUUAUUUGAGUGUGAAUGGUAUGAUUUAGAGAGUAACAAGCCUGUGAGGAUCGAUGACGACUUUGUUAGUGUUAAUAUAGGAAGCAAGUGGUACCAAGAUGACUCCUUU